AAUCAUUCUUCAAGCCGAUCGACGAAGCCAGUAGUUGCAGUACUUUCGUGAGAUUUCGUGUUUAAUCGGUAUAUUAAAAUAGCUUCUAUUCAAAUCUAAUCAUAAUUUUGGGAAAGAUGGAUAAACCAGAUUGCAAAUAUGGUGCAGACUGCUACCAGAAAAACCCAGCCCAUAAGGAAAAGUAUCGUCAUCCGCCCCAAACGGCUGCAGAACGCAGCCCGGCUAAAGCGAAACAGCCGUCGCCAUCGUCGUCAACCAAGCGGAACUCCGACCAAUCGGUGGAUCAUUCCGAAGCAUUGGAAGAAGUGAAAAGGUGCAAACGGCCACCGACCCCGGAGAAAGACAACGACAAUGUGGAGGAGAAUGACAAAAGCCACGAGUAUUAUGGAAUGACGCGUCAGCGUUACACUCUGCCGGAAGUUCCGAUGGAUGUUGGACUGAUGAGUGACAUCUAUGAUCCCCAGAUCGAGUUCUCGAAAAAAGAGGAAUACAAGGAACUGUGUGGAGACUCGAAGAUGUUUAUCAAACACAAGUUCCUGGUCGACAUGCCCAGCUGUUUUGAUGCGAUGUGGGCUUUCUGUCGAUCUAAAAACGAGGAAAAGCCUGGUGAGGUGUUCGAUAAGCUGGGUCUCAGAUUGGUUGGUCCAUUCGACGUAAUGGCAAAGAAAUUCAAGGACGCUAAAAUUCACGAACCGGGAGAUUAUCUGCGACAUUGGAGAUUUUACUAUGAUCCCCCAGAGUUCCAGACAAUCUUGGUGAAAAAAGAUUCCGGAGUGCAUUACGGAUAUUGGAGAGAUCAGCCAGAUGAUACCAGCGGCUUGGUUGCGUUGAACAAUGUGAACAAGGGCUGUGAGUUUAAAAUCAUCGGGGAGAACAUUUUUGAUGCCGUAAUUCACUUUCUCGAGAACGAAGUUACAACAACGCCUUUUAACAAAGCUUCUGUUGCAGCGAUGAAAAAAUCGUUAGAAGAUUGGGCCAAAAGUAACGACAUUAAACUCAAAGCCAACGACAAGCAAAAGGUUCGCUCCAAGCAAGUUGUUUGUAAAACAUUCCACAAAGCAGGCAUCGUGGUUCCUUUUGACCGUAAGAAGGAACUCGGCUAUCGGGAACUGCUGGAAAGCGAUGCCAAUUUAAAGAAAAUACUAUCUCAGUUCGAUCGAAUUAAUAACACAGCGGAUAAGGCCGAAUUCGAUACUGCAAUGUCCCAGCUGCAACCGAUAGUGACGGGAGCUUUCAUUGCGGUAGAUGAGUGCGAUUUUGGGACAGCACUAGAGCUGGCAAUCGAUUUGUUCUGCCAUGGUACCAAAAAUCUGCAUGACGUCAUGAAGCCACUCUUUGUGACAGCUUAUUCGAUGCUACAACGACCGCAGUAUAUUGCUAUUAUAAAGUCCCACUUGGAAGAUCGACGUCAAGGAACGGAUUUGGAUUUGCUCAAGAAAUGAAAAAAAAAACUUGCGCUUCACAAGUUCCGCAGUACAAUGUAUUUAGCUAAAAAAAUAACGUUUAUUAGCGGUUACUUGGACAACAUUAUGAACAAUAAGUUAACGCAUUGAUUUGAAUAUCUGGACAAAAAGCGCAAAAGUAUGUGAUUUUGUAAGCAAGUAAUGCGUUUUUGCCUUUUUUUUUAUUGAAAAUAUAGAUUAAGUGCUAUCUUAAAAUUAA